UGCUGCGGCUGGUGGAGGGGAGAGGGAGCACAGUUGGAAUAACCACGCGAGUAUUAGCACAAGAUAGACACACUACACUAGACGCGAGAAAGAGAGAGACGCAGCUAGUCCGAGCAAAGAGCGAAAAAGAGAGCAUACAGAGCCACAGAGGGAGGACGACGGAACGAAUGGUCUCUCUCUCUCUCUUUUACAUGCACUUUGAGUUUUCGCAUCGAAGCAGCAACAGCAGCAGUGUGUUUGUUGGUACGAUAGAAACAUGGCCGAUGAUGAGGAUGUGAAUUCCUCGUGAGAGUCGUGCAUGCCAAAGGAACUUGAAACUCAGCGAUAACAGCUACAGCCAGCACAGGUCGUAACUUGUACACCACCUAUAGUACAUUAGUCAGAGGCGGAAAGAGAGAGGCGCCCCUGGUCGGGAGAGAUUUUUGCAGUGUGUGUUAUAGUCAUCGUUAUAGCUGUGCUGUGUUGUGCCAAGGAGCCAGUUUUGCACACACACACGCGCAAAGUCGACGAGAGAGUUAGACAGAGAGAAUCGAUCGUUGGACUUAUUACAGCAGAUUGAGUGGGACUAAGAAUCGAACCUCGCGAUUCACGCGAUAAUACCGUGUGUGGUGUGCGCGAAACAAAAUUAUAUUUUUAUCGAAGUACAGUAGCGCGGCGGCGCGAGUGCCGUUGUUGGGACUGAUAGAGAGAGAAGGUGCACCUCGAAGACGAUUUUAUACGUUUUCUGUUGUUGUUUUUUUUCAGUGCAUCGCUACACUUCUCUUCGUUGUUUUUUUUGCCGAAUUCCUUCGUAACGUACGACCGAAUACAUCAUAGAAAGAUCUCGAGACUCGAGUGCGUUUAAAUAAAUUAAAAUUUAAUAAUAAUCCGCGCUCCUAUUAUAUUUAUCAACAACAUAACCCACAUCCGUCGUGCUGUGCUCGGAGCAGGCGGCUCUGCGUGCUACGUUCGUGUGUGCGUAUUAGCAGUGUGUGUGUGUGUCCGUGCGUGCUGUGCUGCUGCCGCGGGCAUGAGCUGUGUGUAUCACCACGGCAGUCGUGCUCUGGAAUCACAUCGCGGCGCAGAACCACAGGCGUCAGUUGCUACACUUGGCAGAGGAAGAAGGAAUUAGAGAGAGAGAGAAAAAGAGAGCGAAAAAAAGCGGGUGAGACUACCCGCGACGACAACGUACAUAAAAAGCGCGCGUGUUGUCCUCGUAGACGGCGAUUUUCCAUGAGUCGAUCAUCGUCGUCAUCAACAUGAGCGGCAGCAACGUACACUUCGUCGUUCAUCCCUUGCCAGGGACGGACGAGCAGCUGAACGACAGGUUAAAAGAAGUCUCAGAUAAAGUUAACAGAUAUGGGUAUAAUUCCAUUCCUGCCUUAAAUGGGCUCAAAGGACCACUCAAAAAAUGUGUCGUUGGGCCAUCACAUGUUGCAUUUCUUACAGAUGAUAACAAAGUUUGCAGAGUUAGUUAUACUGUUUUAUUUGAAAGACUUGACUUGCGUAAAAGCGAGCCCAAUAGAAACUCCGGCAAAGGACAUGUUGGUGGAAAUAAUGCCAGUACCAACUCCAGCAGUAGCACUGCUGCAAACAGCAACAGCAACAGUGGCCCUACUGGUACCAGCAGCAACAGGGCCACCCUAUCGCGUUCCAGAGCCCGAAUAAUGCGCAGCAGUUCAGCUAUACGUGGAGGAACAGGUGGUGGAGCAGGUUCUGGCACCGGAACUGGUGGUGGUAGCGCUAGUGGAAAUGGUACUGGGAGUGGUACAGGUAAUUCAGCAGCAGCAAAUAAUAGCACCAGUCGAAUUGGACCACCAGGUGUUAUUAUGGGAGCAAGUGGGUCGAGUGGCAGACCAAUAGUUUCUGUAGCUGCACCUUUUGUUCCUGAGGACCUUAUCGCACAAGCUCAAGUUGUACUACAAGGUAAAAGCCGCAAUCUCAUCAUGCGUGAGUUGCAAAGGACCAAUCUCGAUGUAAAUCUGGCCGUGAACAAUUUACUGUCAAGAGACGAUGAAGAAGGUGACGAUGCUGAUGAUGCAGCUGACAGUUAUGUACCAGAAGAUUUGAUUAGUCUCCUCGAUGGUGGAUUUAGCAAUGAACAUUCAGUUAUUAUUGAUGCAGAUUCGAUGUUUUCUGAAGAUGUAUUUGGAUAUCCUGGAAUGAGAAAUCGUAGCAGUUCGUCUCGCAGACUCGGUUCCGAACGAGAAAAUGAACGAAGCACCGAGCGAGAUCGCGACAGGGACAGCUUCAGUCGUUGGAGAGACCGCCAAUAUUACGGCCCAAAGCGUUGGCUGGAGACAGCAUUAAAAGACUCAUGGGAAAAAGACCCCGAUAUCAAAAAGAAAGAAUUAGCCUCACAAAGUCCUCUUUGGAUUUCGGAGGAGCUUGAAUGGUGGAACGAUCGCAUCGAUUCAGCGCCAAGAUUCGUAAAUAUUGCUUGUCUUCAUAGCGAAUUGAUAGCCGUAUCAUCAGUUGGACAACUGUACCAGUGGCGUUGGUCAGAUGCUGAACCAUACAAGAAUCUUGAGAAUCCCAAUAUACACCAUCCCAAGACUGUUUCUCUAAAUUUGAUCAACGAAAAGAUUGUCCUCAUAUCAGCCACUUCAAUCCGUUGCACCGUGAAUACGGAAACCGGCAAAGUUGCUACUUGGUUAGACGAAACAUUGGGUCAUGUAUCAUCCAGAUUAGAGCAUCCAGCUCAAGCGUUUACAGAAUUUACCAUGGACAAAAUUGUCUCCCUUCACACUUGCUCUCUGUACACCGUCGCAAGAUUGGAAAGCGGAGCUCUCUACUGGUGGGGUGUGCUACCCUUUGCCCAACGCAUGAAGUUGUGGGAAAAGUACAAAUCCAAGGCUCGAAAGCACAAACCAUCGGCCGCUACCACUCAAGAAAUCGGCUACGGCAGUAAUGUUUGCAUGAAGAACAGCCCGAUCUAUCAAGCCGGAGCCAUCGGCUUCACCGUCACCAACGGGGUACCCAAAGUCGGUCAACUUCUGUCCGCCGUGUGGAAUCUGGACGCCAUGUGCCGAUUCAAAAUUUUACCGGCCGGUGUGCUGCCGUCUAUCGUGGCGACCGACAAAAGAGAGUCCAACGGCAAUACCACGACCAGCAGUGGCAACAAGUCCACCCACAAAGAGACCGCCGACAGGAUCGACAUGCCACCACCGCCUUCUCCGGCGUCCAGCACCUGCAGUGACACCGGCAGCAUCACCACCAGUCAAAAGCGCCAGAAACGUCCAGCGCCCAAGAGCGACAACGACGCCGAUCGCAAGGACGAGGAGGAUUGGCACCUGAGAGAUGUGGUGUUCGUCGAGGACGUCAAGACUUUGCCGAUCGGAAAAGUCAUCAAGGUAGACGGCGCCUACGUCAUGGUCAAUUUCUACUCCAAGGACAAGGAGAAGGACAGCAAGGACAAGGACGCCAUGGACAGUACCGAGGACUUCGCCAAACUCUUGGCCGACUGUCGAUUGUUGCGCAAAGACGAGCUGGUAGUCAUCAAGUCGUCGAUGAGCUCGCGAGCACCCGACUGCUUCCAGCGAACGCCCAGGCGCGUAAAUAUCAUGGAAGGCGCCAACGAGAAUCUGCUGACCAUAGCGACCGACGGCCAGGGUAUCCACGCCAUCCUGCGUAACGGCAACAAGCUCAGCUACGUUAUCUACAAUUUGAGCACCGGGCGCUACGUGCAGGACUGCUACAUUCCAUCCGAAAUAUCCUCGUUCCUGGGCUUGCAAUCGCAAAACAUAAGCCUCACCAGUGCCGGCGAGAACAACGAGUGCUCGAUGAUUUUGCGCGACGGCAACAGCACUAUCUACCCGAUCGCCAAGGACUGCGCCGACGCCAUCAGAGAUCCGCACUGGCUCGACCUCAUGCCCUUGCUGUGCCUGAGUGCAUCCACCGUGCCCAUUCCCAGCAUUCCCUCGAUGAAUCUGAAGAAUCAGGUAGCCGUGAUCGCGCUGGUGUUCGACAAUCUCGCGCUGAUGCCACGCGUACUGCGUUGCGAUUUCGAGGGCGUCAAGCAAGUCUUCAACGGUCUCGAUUUGGACCCAAAAACACUGACCAAUCAAAUAUCUAUGAUUUUCAACGAACGCUGCGACGGGAAUCGCAACAUAUUGCACGCCUGCAUCAGCAUGUGCGCGCCACACUCGAACAAAGACCCGGAUCAGGGCAUCGAGAACGAGCUGGUCAACAAUACCGUAGACAACAACUCGACCGCCAUCGAGGAGCCCAUACCAAGCCUGAACUGGCCCCCGGACAACUUUGACAAUACGUCCGGUGAGGAGGACUCGCUGCUCAGCAUCGGCGCCACCAGCCUCUCGCUUAUGAACAAGUCCGGCCCCCAAGCCACCAAUUACAUCGUGGACCCGGCUGAACGCCGAAGCAACGCCCUGCUCAUACUGAAGUACAUGUGCGAGCAUCCCGUGCUGGCUCCCCACAUGAAGGACCUGCUCUCGGCCCGAGACGCCCAGGGCCAGACGCCGCUCAUGCUGGCCGUGUCGGUCAGGGCCUAUCACGCGGCACUCAUCAUCCUGGACACGAUUCAGCGCAUCGGCAAGGAUGCCAAGGAUUGCGCGUCCAUGAUACUGCCGUCCGACGUGAGUGCGGAUUUGUCGCCGCUCUUCGUGACGUGUUGCAACGACACAUGCAGCUUCACGUGGACCGGUGCCAAACACAUUGACCAGGACAUAUUCGAGUGUCGCACCUGCGGCCUGACCGGCUCGCUGUGCUGCUGCACGGAGUGCGCGCGCGUCUGCCAUCGCGGACACGACUGCAAGCUGAAGCACACCUCGCCCACGGCCUACUGCGACUGCUGGGAGAAGUGCAAGUGCAAGGCUCUGAUCGUCGGUAAACAGACGGCCCGCUACAAUCUGCUGUGCCGUCUGGUCACCAGCACCGAUCUGGCGACGAAGAUCAAUUCUCGGGGCGAAUCCAUCCUUCUGUUCUUGGUGCAGACGGUAGGCCGUCAAUCGGUGGAGCAGCGACAGUUUCGCUCGGCGCCGAGACAGCGCUCCACCUCGGCCAAUCGCAAGAAUCCCGUCUCGUCCGACAGUCUGGGCCCGGACUCGGACAUGCCGGACCACGACCUGGAACCGCCGCGCUUCUCGAGGCGUGCCCUCGAGCGUCUACUGACCGACUGGCCAGCCGUGCAGUGCACCAUCAUGUCCGGCGUUCACGAGGGCGGCGAGCAGCUGUUCGGCGAUCCAGCCCAGGCCAGCCGGCAGAGCGGUACCGCCCUGCUCGACAAGUUCACCCACUCGCUGCUGGUCAAGUGCAGCGGAGAGAUGCUCGACAAUCUGCUGAACACGCUCAUUAGAGAGCUGCAGAACAGCGCCGUGCCCGGAAGACAGGAGGAGGCGGCCAUAGUGGCGCGACGAUUCGUCCGAUCCGUGGCGAGAAUUUUCGUCAUAUUCACGAUCGAGAUGGCUCCCACGACGAACAAAAAGAGGAGCACCAGCUUGACGUCUCCGCCUCUGAUGAAGUGCCGCAGAGUGUUCCAGGCUCUGAUCAAACUGGCCGUCGAGGAGCUGUGCGAAACCGCCAACUCCUUGAUAGCGCCCGUUCGUUUGGGGGUAGCCAGACCGACCGCUCCCUUCACCCUGACCAGCUCCGCCAUCGAAGUCAUAACGGGCUCCGAGGAAUUAUUCUCCAUCGAGCCGUUGAUACCGCAUAGCGGUCUGAAUGCGCACAAUUUGGAUGUCAACUUAUCAGGACAAGUAGGAAACAACAAUCUAGUGCGCGACAAUUCAACCUUGGACGAUACCGAGCAAGGUGAAGACGUACCCAUGGAUCUCGACGGCGACAUAAGCGAGCACGAGGAGACAGCCUCUGUCGCCGUGUCGACUCAGCCCAUCGGUGACGAACCCGCCGCCGCCGACGCGAACGCAGCCGCGGACGGCGAGUCCGACGGUGAGCUGGACCUUCUCGUCGAGGCAGAAACUGAAUCCGACUCGGAUGACAAUCACAGCAACCAGGACGCGGCCUCUGCUCAACGCAGCGUACAGACGGGAGCCACAGCCGGCUCUGACGGUGGUAUGAACUCGAUAUUACUGUAUCCCGAGGACGAGUCGGGCGACAGUAGUCAGCAAGAUGACGACGAGAGUGACGCCGGCGAGACCGACGAGCAAGACGCCGAAGAAUUCCUCCAGAUAGGUGACGAACAGUUGGAGAGAAGGAGGUCAGUUUAUGUGCCAAUGCCAGUUGGCACGUCCGGUCAGUCGCAUCGCAACAAUUUGGCACCCGUCUCCAUGCAGUGGGCCAUACGUAAUCGCGAGCCGAGUACUAGAGCUACCGGACUCAGAGUCACGGGCAGCAGCAAUUUGGUGUUCAUAGAUCCGUCGUCGCUGCGCAGAUCGGCCGCCACGUCCGCGGUUGCUGCGACGGCCCAAGAGCCAAUAACCAUGGGUACAACUGCGAGUUGUCUGGCCAGGGCGUUUGGAAUCGUCAUCAGGCAGAUUGCCGAUCUGUUGACGAUGAUGCACUUUUACAAAGCGGUAGCACCAGAACCGAGAUUGACGAGACAACUGGACGUCACUUACAUGGACGCCAUCAAUUUACAGGCCUAUUUGGAGUCGCAUUUGAAGCCGACUUGGGACUGGCUUCUCACCGUCAUGGACGCGACCGAGGCUCAACUACGUUUCGGCGUCUCGCUCACGCGUAGCGCCGACCCCACUCACCCGGGGCAUCCCUUGAACAAUGCACCGUCGUUGGCGGCUGGAAAUUUCACUGGUUUGUUAAAUUCGGCUGCUAUGCCGUUUAACUCGUCGUAUCAUGGCUUGAACGCGGAGAGUCGCAGUGCCCGAGGAGGUGGUAUUAGCGCGUCAGCGAACGUUGGAGGUGGAUCCGGAUCGAAUCGUUUGACUGUUGGAUUCAGUGGCGUUGGCGAUCACACAAGAAACAAUAGAGAACGUGAGGGUGUCGAUGGCGGUCAUUCAGCUCGUCGUGAAUUUUUAUCCUAUUGCCUGUCCCUGAUGAGAGCGCACAACGGAGAACAUCGUGACAGUCUGCCGGUACUCGACGUGUCUGCAUUGCGACAUGUGGCUUACGUUUUCGACGCUCUGGUGUAUUACAUGCGCUCGUUGUCCGAGCCAAUGUCACCGCGAGGAGAGGCUCCGAAGGACAGCAACGACAGCGCUUGGAACGACCAAGAUGAGAACGACAACGAGGAGAACGACGACGAUCCACUGCAAUCUAACGUGUCGAUGGAGACCGAGACGGUCGACGCGUUUCCAGACCUGUUGAACUUGCAGCAGUGCGCUCCGGCGUCGAAUGCUGCGCCCGGCAAAGGUCGCAAGCAUCCAUUUUUACAAAGGUCGGAUUCUACUUUGUGCCUGGGAUGCCCACCUUUGGAUCCGUUCGAGACUCCCAUGUCUGAAGCUCUACCGCUGGCAGACCAACCCCACUUGCUUCAGCCUCACGCGCGUCGCGAGGACUUGUUUGGUGUUCCACGACAAAGUAGUAGCUCAUCCAGUAGCAAUCCAUUGGAAGGCCUACCCACGAGAUUAGGCUUGUCGUCCAGAAAUGGCGAGAGUCAAAUCAGCACAUCAGCCUUGGGUAUCGGCCAGACCAUCGAACAAAUGGCCCGCGGCGAUAGAAAACAUCCCGGAGCAGGUGACUCCGACGCCAACAGAAGUCAAGAAAAAUCGCGAAAUUUCGAUACUUCGGAGCCAAUGCAGACAUCCAGCUCGUCCUCCGAGCAUCAGCAGCCACCGCAACAGCCGAUGCAACAACAAACCGAUCGAGCACCGAUAAUCGUAGCUCCCAACGGUCAACCGAUAGACACCGAAAACAGCAAUAGCAGUGGUAGCAGCGGCAAAGUCGAGCGUAGCGUUAUCGUUCGUGCUGGUAGCAGCAGCAAUGUCUGCGCCUCGGAAUCGGCCCAGAACGUGACGAGGCAGCAAGCCUCGAUAGUCGAGACAGAGCCGAUUAACGAGGAAGCCGUGGACUUGGCGCUGCCCGCACAAGAAGUGUCGAUCGAGACAACGCACGCGCAAGAUCAGGCCGCUUCGUUGCUGCCGUCGCGAGCUCAGGUUUCAAAUAUCGGUAAUAAGAUAUCGCACAAUGUACUCUUGGGCCGCUGGCGAUUGUCGCUCGAUCUCUUCGGUCGCGUGUUCAUGGAGGACGUUGGCCUCGAAGCGGGCAGCAUCGUUUCUGAACUCGGCGGAUUCCCCGUGAAAGAAGCCAAAUUCAGACGAGACAUGGAGAAGCUGAGAAAUUCUCAGCAGAAAGACAUCACCUUGUCUAAGGUGGAACGCGACAGGACGCUACUUCUCGUGCAAACGAUGAAAGAGCUCAAUACACAGUAUAAUUUAUAUAAUAGACGAGCAUCGAAUACUCCACCAUUAGCAGUAAGUCGUGUCAAAGUCACUUUCAAGGACGAACCGGGAGAGGGUUCCGGUGUAGCAAGAAGUUUUUACACAGCAAUUGCAGAAGCAAUUUUGGCAAACGAAAAAUUGCCGAAUCUCGAAGCGGCGCAGAUAGCAAAAUACACGCCGUACAACGUGAUGCAGAAGAACAAAGCCAAGGAUCGCGACCGCGAUUUCCGCCGACAGAGCUCGCGCACCUCGGGUAAGGGUCGAGAAUCGAGACGUACGCUCUCAUGCGCAGCGCGCUCGUUCCAUCCCACGAAUCCACCGCUGGACAGCGGCUCGUCGGCCAACAAUCAGGGCGCCCAUCAAGGCCAGUUCGGCCAUAGCACCAACGACCACCUGACGGUGCACCAGCAGCAGCUCGGCGAGCGACUACACCCAAAGGUUCACAACAUAAAGCCGGGCCACGCGGACAAGAUCACCGGUAUGCUGCUCGAGAUGAAUCCCGCGCAACUGCUGAUGCUGCUCGCCUCGGAGGAGGCGCUCAGACAAAAGGUCGACGAGGCCUUCGAUCUCAUAAACAGUCACUCACAGGAUAUGGCAAGCGAAGCCUUACUCGACUUGGACGUUUUCACCAUCACCGAGACUCGGUCUAAUAACAAAAGAAAAUUAACGAUGGAUACAGCUAUGAUGGAUGACUCAGAGGAUAAUGCACCUUUGUUCUACACGCCGGGUAAACGAGGUUUUUACACGCCCCGCCAAGGCAAGGCGAGCUACGAACGUUUGAAUGUAUUCAGAAAUGUUGGCCGGCUCAUCGGCUUAUGCCUGCUGCAAAAUGAACUAUGCCCGAUAUUUUUGAACAGACACGUUCUUAAAUACAUUCUGGGCAGACCCAUUCGGUUCCACGAUCUCGCGUUUUUCGAUUCAGUGAUCUACGAGAGCCUCAGACAACUCGUUAUCGAUGCCGAAAGUUCGAGCUCAAACUUAAUUCAACUGGAACUCACAUUCAGCAUCGAUUUGUGCCUGGAAGAAGGUGGAGGCUCGAUCGAGCUCGUUCCCAAUGGGCGCGACAUUGUAGUGAAUGCGAGCAACGUUUACGACUAUGUACGCAAAUACGCUGAAGUUAGAAUGGUCAAAGUACAAGAAAAGGCACUCGAGGCUUUGCGCGAAGGAGUCUUUGAUGUUUUACCCGAUGGUGCGCUGGACGGUUUGACAUCCGAAGAUUUGAGAUUGUUACUCAAUGGAGUUGGUGACAUCAAUGUAUCUGUCCUCAUAUCAUACACAUCCUUUAACGACGAAUCUGGCGAAUCGACCGACAGACUUGUUAAGUUCAAAAGGUGGUUAUGGUCGAUCGUUGAAAAAAUGACACAUAUCGAAAGGCAAGAUUUGGUUUACUUUUGGACGGGCUCACCAGCUCUGCCAGCUAGUGAGGACGGUUUCCAGCCUAUGCCCAGCGUAACAAUAAGGCCGGCUGAUGAUGCUCAUCUACCAACGGCGAACACUUGCAUAUCUCGUCUCUAUGUGCCCUUGUAUAGCUCGCGUCAUGUUCUAAGACACAAACUCUUACUCGCCAUUAAAACCAAAAAUUUCGGCUUCGUUUGAGCUGGUUAAAUUUUUGAAUAAUAAUAAACAAACAUUUUCUCCGCACGCACACCCGUACACACAUCGUAAUAAUCGCAUUAAAAAAAAACGAGAGCAAUAUUUAGCCACACUCGAUAACUAAAACCGAUUUUUUACUGCAUUCAUUAUACUUUUAUUUUGUUUUAUCAACGAUAGAUGUAAAAGGGGGUGCUUGUGUGAAAUUGUAAUUAUUAAUAAAAGUGAAUAAAACGUGAAACGUAUGUUCAUAACUUUUUACGAAUAAAACAAUGACAUUUUAAUUUGCUUGUAAGAGAUAUAAAAUCAUGUUUCAAUCGAAAUUUUUGUAUACUUUUAGGACAAAACUACAUGAAAUUAACCAGAGUUUAGGUGUAAAGAUUGUUAGAGUGCUAAAAUUUUUGGAUGUGAGUUCCCUGCUGCUACAUCUAUAUAAUAACUAUACAUAAAUUAUAAACGUACAUGUGAUGGGGUUAUAUAUAUUCUAUAUAAAGUGUAAUGACAUAAGUACAUUAUCGUUGUUAUCAUUUUUGAAAAAGUGUUCUUUAGCAAAAAAGUUAAAAGAUACGCUAAUAAAAUCUUAAAAUGUAAUUAUCACAAAUUAUGUAAUCGUACUACGAAAAAU